UCCCACAAGGCGGGGCUGGGAAGGCUCCCUGGAGACAGUGAUAAUGGGAUGCCUUAGUCAAGAGCGGCUCAAAGGCCCACCGAGCCGAGCCGGGGAGGGGCGGCCUGGGCAGUGUUUGAGGAGGUCACCCUGGAGACGGGGCCUGGGCUCCUACGGGAACUGCAAGACUAAGCAGCAGCCCGGCUUCUGCAACUCCACUGAGGACUUCCCAGGUCCAGGCGGUCCGGCCUGCCACCCAGCGCACAGCAGUAUUUUUUCCUAGAGCGUGUUAUGAUGUCAGCCUUGGCUAAAGAGAAAAUGUUUCUUGCACUGAAGAAAAGAGGGAGUGUGUGCUCCCCAAGUAAUCAUGAGUCCCAACAGAAGGAAAGUCGUUGGCGCUCUAAACAUUCCGUCAGCACCGUGUCUCACGUGGAUGAGCCCAGCCCGCGUGAUGAAGCCUCUCGCCUCACAGUUCGCAUGGAAAACACCUACCAGCUAGGUCCCACCAGGCAUUUUCCUGUGGCCGCUGUCAAUUGCAUUUUGAAAGAUGUACUAACUGCCUACCUACAAGAAGCAGAAUAUGACCCAGAGUUCUGCAGACAGAUGACUAAGACAGUUUCGGAGGUUAUUAAAGCCAAGGUCAAAGAAUUGAUGAUUCCCCGGUAUAAACUAAUUGUGACCGUUUACAUAGGACAACAAGAUGGUCAGAGCAUCCUUAUCGGCAGCAGAUGCCUCUGGAAUCCUAAAAGUGAUACCGUUUCAUCCUACGCACUCAGAAAUUCUACUCUCUUUGCUCUGGCAAAUGUCUAUGCGGUUUACUUUGAGUGACCGACACGAGGCUUGCAUUCCUGGUGUUUUCAAAUCGUGAAGCAGGCUGUCAGUCUCUCUCCACGAAAGUUCUGCUAGCAACACCUGUGAGAAGGAAACAAGAUGAACAACUGAAACAGCUGGAAGCUUCCAUCACUCCUGCGAGGACUGGUGAGGGGAGGGCAGCCCAAGAAAGAACCUUGUUUCUCCAAAACCGCAGUUGAGUGUGGUUCACAUAAACAUGGAUGUUGACUAUUA